AUGACAGAGGAAGCAACAACAGGAGGGAAAAAUGUGGUUAUAGCUAUGGAUGGUAGCGAAUAUUCCAAAUUUGCAUUUAAAUGGUAUAUAAACAAUUGCAGAAAGGCAGAUGACAAUGUUUACCUCGUCCAUGCAGUGGAGAUGACUCCAAUCUUCUCGACACAACUACUGUCCUCACCAUACUCAUAUGAUCCUGAGGUGCUAGAAAUAAUUUUAAAGAAAGAAAAAGACCGCGUAACACAAGAAUUACAGCAAUUCUCUCAGCUGCUUACUGAAUAUGGGGUUCCCGGAACAGUUAAGAGCGUCCAUACUUCCAAUCCAGGGGAAGGUAUUGUAAAAAUAGCUGCAGAGUUAGAUGCCGCCAUUAUUGUGACUGGGAAUCGUGGUUUGGGCAAAAUACAGCGCGCUUUAUCAGGAAGUACAAGUGACUACAUUCUGAACCAUUCCGACGUUCCAGUUUUGAAUUGCAGACUUUGA